GUCUUUCUCGCUCAGCUGUGAUGCUGACGCCGUUAGAGCCGCUCCCGGGACGGUUCCGACCCGUUGGCGAGGAUCAGGACUCUGACUUGGGUCACCGAAGCUAAAGAAAAGCCUGUUAGCCUGUAUGCUAACCGCUAGUGGCAGCGCGACAGCUGCUUUACGGCAAACAGCUGAUCAGUCCGGAAGUGACCGAGACAGAAAGUGCGCAUCAGAAAAUCCGCGAGGCUCCGAGUGAUAGGUACCUGAUCAAUAACUGAUCCAGUGCACAUAUUCAAUCAGAGAUGAGCUGCGCAGGCGCAGAACUAAGGAUUCUGUUCAGUCCGGGGCGCGUGCAGCUUGUUCAGGAGGAGUUGCUGGUGGGGGCGCCACGCGUCCUGGUUACCGGGGCAACAGGCCUCCUGGGGCGAGCGGUGUGCCGAGAGUUUCACAGCGCCGGAUGGACCGUCACUGGGACGGGAUACAGGAGAGCCAGGCUCCGCCUUCUGCGCUGUGACCUCACAGACGAGGACGCCGUCAGAGGACUGCUGCACGAAUACAAGCCUGAUGUGAUCGUCCACUGUGCGGCCGAGAGGCGUCCAGAUGUUAUGGAGAGACACACGGAAGCAGCUGUUAAUCUGAACGUGCACGCCACGAGCACGCUCGCCAAGGAGGCAGCCACCUGCGGGGCGCUCUUCCUCUACAUCAGCACCGACUACGUGUUUGACGGCAGGAAUCCUCCGUACGGUGAGGACGACAGUCCAAACCCGCUCAACGUUUAUGGGCGGAGCAAACUGGAGGGGGAGAGGGAGACGCUGCGCCACUGUCCAGGUGCGGUGGUACUGCGGGUGCCCGUUCUGUUUGGGGAGGUGGAGUCGGUGACGGAGAGCGUGGUGACGUCGUUGUACCUGAAGGUUCAGGAGGCGUCAGAGGAGAGCUGCACGCUGGAUCACGUCUUGCAGAGAUUCCCCACUGACGCCCGAGACGUCGCUGCCGUCUGCAGGAAGCUGUCUGAGAGAGCACGACAGGACCCGUCCAUCAGAGGAAUCUUUCACUUCUCUGGGAAAGAGCAGAUGACUAAAUAUGAAAUGGCGGUCGCCAUCGCUCAGGCCUUCAACCUGCCGUCCGGCCACCUCAUACCUCUGACCGAGCAGCCGGCGGCGUCGGCUCUUCGUCCAAUCAACAGUCAGUUAAACUGUUGUCGUCUGGAGCUGCUGAACCUGAGCGUGGAACCGCGACCUUUCACCUCCGCCAUUAUCGACUGUCUGUGGCCGUUCACGCCCGACAAACGCUGGAGACAGACAGUCUUCCACUGAGACGACUGGAUUAGCAGCGAGCCGGAUGUACAGAUUAUUUAGUCUUUGUGCCCCAAGUCCUGUCUGCAAGCUCUGCACUGCUGAUAGUAUUAACAGGUCAUAGUCCUGCACCAGAUUAUACUCGGACGUUACCAGAUUACAGUCAGAAUAAUGUUCUGGGUUGAGUGUUGUUAAUCCCUAAUUGUUCAUGUCUUGUGUCAGUGUUUGCAUAGAUUCACUUUAUAUCAGUGUGAACAAGCUGAGUGUGCUCUGUAAGAUUCACACUACACUUCAGUGUGUUCUGACAACAAAAUGUUACAUCACAUUACAAUGUUAUCACCACCUCCAAUCUUCACUCUAAUCUGGAAUUUAUUGGGUUAGUCCAGACGCUGUUAGUUUAACCUGGACUCCUUUAGUUUAAUCUGGUCUCUGUUAGUUUAAUAUGGACUCCUUUAGUUUAAUCUGGUCUCUGUUAGUUUAAUCUGGACUCCUUUAGUUUAACCUGGUCUCUGUUAGUUUAACCUGGACUCCUUUAGUUUAAUCUGGUCUCUGUUAGUUUAAUCUGGACUCUGUUAGUUUAAUCUGGUCUCUGUUAGUUUAAUCUGGACUCCUUUAGUUUAAUCUGGACUCUGUUAGUUUAACCUGGACUCCUUUAGUUUAACCUGGUCUCUGUUAGUUUAACCUGGACUCUGUUAGUUUAAUCUGGACUCUGUUAGUUUAAUCUGGUCUCUGUUAGUUUAAUCUGGACUCUGUUAGUUUAAUCUGGUCUCUGUUAGUUUAACCUGGACUCCUUUAGUUUAAUCUGGUCUCUGUUAGUUUAACCUGGACUCCUUUAGUUUAAUCUGGACUCCUUUAGUUUAAUCUGGACUCUGUUAGUUUAACCUGGACUCCUUUAGUUUAAUCUGGUCUCUGUUAGUUUAACCUGGACUCCUUUAGUUUAAUCUGGACUCUGUUAGUUUAAUCUGGUCUCUGUUAGUUUAAUCUGGACUCCUUUAGUUUAAUCUGGUCUCUGUUAGUUUAAUCUGGUCUCUGUUAGUUUAACCUGGACUCCUUUAGUUUAAUCUGGUCUCUGUUAGUUUAACCUGGACUCCUUUAGUUUAAUCUGGUCUCUGUUAGUUUAAUAUGGACAUUGUUUUUGCUGUAUGUAUGGAACCUGAAUAAAUAUCGGUGAUUUUUAUGUUUGAAGUUCAGGUUUAAUCAGGAAGUUUGAAGUCGACCCCAGAUUAAAUCCGACUCGGUAAAUGUCCUGCUGUGACAGGACAUUGUGUGUGUUUCUGCUGUAAACGACACCUCAACAUUAAAUACGUGAAACUGUCAA